AUGGGGAAGGAACUCUUUCAAGAUAACUCUAACGGGCACCCUCCUGCGCAAUUGUCAGAGAAUAUUGUUGAUCGAUGCCCGUUUCCAGUACAUGUGCGGAACUUCGUGAAUGGCUCGCAAUACAAAGACUCACUUUUCCACAGAGCCGUGAAGAGUCGGUCCUGUGAAACAAAAAUUUGCAAGGGCUCCUUAAUGGUUCCGAAAGCGUUAACGCGCUUCCCAAGCGACACCUCGCCUGCCGCGAACAUUCUCACUCAGGCGAUCAGCUUCAUCAACCAGUACUACAGAUCUUUCAAAAACUCCAAAAAAGAAGAGCAUUUGGCUCGUGUUGAUGAAGUUACCCGGGAGGUAGAAACUACAGGAUCUUAUCAGCUCACCACAGAAGAGCUCACGUUUGGGGCCAAGCAGGCAUGGAGGAAUGCACCAAGGUGCAUUGGCCGGAUUCAGUGGUCCAAUUUACAGUUGUUUGAUGCACGCAAAUGCAGGACCACCAAGGAAAUGUUUGAGUACUUGUGUGCUCAUAUAAAAUUUGCCACAGAUGGUGGCAAUAUAAGAUCAACCAUUACCGUGUUCCCUCAAAGAACUGAUGGCCAACACGAUUUCCGUAUUUGGAAUAGUCAGCUCAUAAGAUACGCUGGCUAUCAAAUGGAGGAUGGCACUGUGAUAGGGGACCCUGUUAAUGUGGAAUUCACAGAGAUUUGUACCCAGCUUGGAUGGACACCAAAAUAUGGCUCCUUUGAUGUGCUGCCACUGAUUUUGGAGGCCAAUGGCGAGGAUCCUGAACUGUUUGAAAUCCCCCCUGAGCUGGUACUGGAGGUCCAAAUGGAGCAUCCUCGUUAUGAGUGGUUCAAAGAGCUGAACCUCAGAUGGUAUGCCCUGCCUGCAGUGGCCAACAUGCUGCUGGAGAUUGGUGGUCUUGAGUUCACAGCGUGCCCCUUCAAUGGCUGGUAUAUGAGCACUGAGAUCGGCGUGAGGGACUUCUGUGAUCCCCAGCGCUACAACAUUGUAGAGCGAGUUGGUCGUUGUAUGGGCUUGGAGACCCACAGGCUAUCCUCACUGUGGAAGAACGAGGCUCUAGUUGCCAUCAAUAUUGCUGUCAUUCAUAGCUUCCAGAAAAACAAGGUGACCAUCAUUGACCACCACUCAGCCACUGAGUCUUUCAUGCAUCACAUGGAGAAUGAAGUGCGUCUGCGUGGGGGCUGCCCCGCUGACUGGAUCUGGCUGGUGCCACCCAUGUCUGGAUCUCUUACCCCUGUGUUCCACCAAGAGAUGAUCAGCUACAUCCUCUCCCCUUUCUUUUACUACCAGAGCGAUGCUUGGUUACACGUGUGGAAAGAUGAAACAAAAGGACCGAAAAAAAAAAAAAUUACCUUCGAUGCCUUGGCAAAGGCUGUUGUUUUCUCCCAAAUGCUCAUGCAAAGAGCCUUGUUGAAGAGAGUGCCUUGCACCAUUCUCUACGCUACUGAAACAGGAAAAUCACAGACCUUUGCCAAGAAGCUCAAAUCAGUACUCAGCUGUGCCUUGAACCCUAGGUUACUCUGCAUGGAGGACUACAAUUUUGCUGUGCUUGAGAAAGAGCAUCUGUUGCUGGUGGUAACAAGCACUUUUGGUAAUGGAGACAGUCCAGGCAAUGGAGAGAGUUUCAAGAAGCAGCUCAUGGGUAUGAAAAGCCUCAGUACUAGCAUCAGGUACGGCGUCUUCGGCUUGGGCUCUUGCAUGUAUCCCCAUUUCUGUGCCUUUUCCCGUACUGUGGAUGCCAAGUUGGCAGAGUUGGGAGCCAAGUGUGUGACUUCCACAGGAGAAGGAGAUGAGCUGAAUGGUCAGCAUUCAAGGUUGGAUGUGUGUAAGGAGUUUGGCAUUGAUUGUAAGCUCUCAGGGCAUCAGAGUCUAACUGAGAACUGGGAUCCCCUGAGACACAGAGUACAGUUUGAUAGCAGUGUCUUUGAACACAUCCCAGCUCUCUCAGCACUCCACUCUAAGGCUGUAUUACCUUUGACACUGAAGUGGAGGAAGAACCUACACAGCUCUUAGUCGAGAUACUCUGCUAUACUGGUUGAGCUGGAGACAGUUGGAGGGAAACAGGUUCUGAAUUAUGCUCCAGGGGAUCAUGUGGGUGUUUUCCCAGAGAACUCAUCUGAGUUGGUGACUGGCAUUCUGAAGCACGUCACGAAUGCCCCGCACACCAAUCAGAGUCUCCGCCUUGAAAAUCUCCCUGCCUUCAGCUUUGGGGGUGCGGUAUGGCAGACAGAUGAGCAUAUCCCAGCAUGCACUCUGACUCAGGCUCUUACUUACCUCUUGGAUAUCAACACGCCACCUUCCCAAGGAUUUCUGCGCAAGCUCUCGCAAAUGACCAAGGAGCAAAAUGACCAACAACGCUUGCUAGCACUUGCAUCGACAGGUACUCACACCUGCUCACCUACACAGACAUUCUCACACCUGCUCACCUACACAGACAGGUACUCACACCUGGUCACCUGCAUAGGUGGUCUGAAGUGGAGCCCAAUGAUGCUGGUGUUUGGCUGCCAUGAUCCAGACACAGAUCACCUGUAUAAAGAUCAGACUUCUGAUAUGAAAACAAAUGGCACCCUGCAGAGUAUCACUACAGCUCCCAAAAUCACAUCUCACCUCCAGCUGAGGCCAUUAAAGACAAAUGUCUAUGUUCAGCAUGUUCUGAAGAAGCAGCUCAGUAAGGAGGUUAUGCAGGUCCUCCAUCAGAGCCAUGGACACCUGUAUGUGUGUGGGGGAAUGAAUAUGGCCCAGGAUGUUGCUCACACCAUACAGGAGAUCCUGGCCAGUGAACUGAACAUAACUUUCACAGAGGCUGGAGAGUAUCUGCAAAAACUAAAGUCUGAGAAGAGGUACCAUAUAGACAUCUUUGGAAGCUAA